AUGUCCUGGAUCCUGACAGUGCCCCACACUGCAGCUGCAUCCACCACAGCCCAAACAUCUGCCCAGCUGUUGGACUUUGAGAAGUACUGCUUGGCUAGCAGAGCUGGAGCCAGACUCUUCAUAGAUGGCACCAUAAAUGAGAAGGAAAAAGGUUCCUCAGUGUCCCUAAAGAGCCUGAAGCACUCUGACUGUGGGGAGAAGCAGGAGCUCAUUGAAGGAGCCAGGAACUAUUCCAGGGAAAUCCAGUGGUGCCUCCAGCUGAUCCUGGACUGUCAGAUCCCAGUGGGCUGUCAUUCUUUUACCACCAACUCCUUCCUGGAGUAUUUUGCUGCUGCCAUCAGCUACCCAGUGAGGAAAGAGGGAUUCCAGAGUAGACAGAAACCCCUGAGGAAACUCCUCCCUGAGAGGACCAGAGCUGCCAGGGACAGGGAGAACAAGAAGCUGGUGGAGUUCAUGGUGAAGACCAAAGGGGCUGAAGAGAAUCUCCUGGGGAUCUUGAAAAGUGUGGAGACUUAUUUGGAGGAUGAGGAGCAGCUGGACCUGGUGGUUGGGUAGCUGAAGGAGGUGUACAGGGAGAUGGGCACCAAGAACCUGCAGCAGAUCCUGGGGGAUGGCAUCAGAUUAAUCUCAGAUGUGCUUUUUUUACCUGAGGCCAUCAUCUGUGCCAUUGCUGCUGUGGAUGGCAUCGAUUAUGAGAAGGCAGAAGUAGAUUAA